CAUGCGCAGCGCUCCAAGAGGAAUAUACUGGGGAUAUGGGGCUACUGCUUGGAUGGCAUGCCGAGGUCAUAACUUAUAUUUUAUGUGUUCAAAACAAGCAAUGUGUAUUUGGAAAACGGAAUGACAGCAACAAGUAGAUGGCUAUAGCUUUUUUCGGAUACAGAUGGGGGAGUCAAAUUCCCCUGCAUAUCCAAGUUACAAUAAAUCGUGCGGAAAAUCAAUUCUUUGAAACGGUCCCUUAGGUCUACCGUGAGAAAACUGCCGAAAGCAGCGCUACAUUAGGCGUAGUUAAUUAUGAUUAUUUUUAUUGUUUAUUUGUUUAUUACGGUCGUUUGUGAUAGAUUAGCUUGAAAGUAGUAAAAGCAUAACUAGCCAAAAUUAAUGAACCAUUCUCGUGGGAAAAACAUGCCUCGUACAGACUCUUUUGAACUACUUGAAUACCACGAAAUAACUUCUCUCCUUAUUACCUCCCUUUCCAAUGCUAUGGAUUCUCUACCAAGACAGUAAAUAACGGAAUUGUUUUAUUCUACAGAAAAAAAGAGAAAUAGCGAUUGUACAUUUCGGGAUGAUGCGCCUUAUACCUUUCCUGAUGCUCGGGCAAUUCGUGGUGCACUUGUGGAUAUCCGAUGCGCAGGGGGAAUACUGUCACGGCUGGCUGGAUGGGAACGGGAACUACCACGAAGGCUUCCAGUGCCCAGAGGGCUUCGACGCCCGGGACGCGGCCGUGUGCUGCGGCUCCUGCUCGCUGCGCUACUGCUGCGCGGCGGCGCACGCAAGGCUGGACCAGGGCGGCUGCACCAACGACCGGAGGCUGGAGAGUCCGGAGCUGGUGGCGCAGCCGACCUACAUGCCCUUCCUGGCGGUGGGCUCCAUGUUUGUGGCUUUCGUGGUUCUUGCUUCUCUGGUUGCCGUUUACUGCUGCACCUGCCUUCGGCCCAAAAGGCCGACCCAGCCGUCCCGCUGCUACUCCCUCGCCGGCUGCCAGGCGGAGACCAUCCCCAUGAUCCUCACGGUGACCUCCUCCAUCCCGCGGCCCCCCUCACGCCAGUCCAGCACCAUCACCACCAGCUCCAGUGGAAGCUCCGGUCAUCCAGCUACACCUACAUCCAACCUGCUUCCUCCGCUCGCCUACAGUUUCUCGCUCUGCAGCCAGGAUGACCUAACGAGACCCGCUUUACAGCUGCAACAGCCCCUGCACCCCUCCAGCCCUGCUUCUCGCUCCCCCUACCUCCUGAUCCCCUUUGCAGGGGAAGGGCCUUUGCAGACUUCAGCCAAAGUCGAACUGGAUUCCUGUCUACAGCACAGAAUCACACUCCCCUUUGAAACUGAAAAGGCCACAUUUACUGACUAAUUUCUCCAGAUAGAGGCCAAUUCUCUGUAUCUGUGUUGUUAGAACACAGAGGGACAUGAUGGCACAGAUGGAGACACUGCAGUGGAGAGAGAGGCAAUCUGGAAAAUAAGGGAAUAUCUGUGAUGUAGGACUCAAGAGAGGCCCGGAGAGCCCAGGCUGGGAUAGCAGGCAGCCGCCCUGCCCCGCCUAGCUAGUAAAACGGGGAAGGUGUAUUUUACUGUCUGGACUCUCUGUUACUUUUUAAAUAAACAUAUGCACUUUUAAAAA